GCCUGUAGAACCUGACACCCCGUCCGCAGAAACCUGAUCCGGGGUUGGGCAGCGCCCCCUGGCGGUGAAUCCUCACAGCUGCUCCUCCACUCCUCCACUCGGAAGCCGCCGCCGCAACAGCAGCGUCUCUCCUUCCACCGCCGCCGGGACUGCCUGUUCUCAGAGGCAGGGUGAGCUGUCACACAGAGGGAGCCGCGAACUACCGCCGACAUGGUGAACUUCACAGUAGACCAGAUCCGUGCCAUCAUGGACAAAAAGUCCAACAUCAGAAACAUGUCUGUGAUCGCCCACGUGGAUCACGGGAAAUCCACGCUGACGGACUCGCUGGUGUCCAAGGCGGGGAUCAUCGCCUCGUCCCGGGCCGGAGAGACACGCUUCACAGACACUCGCAAAGACGAGCAGGAGCGCUGCAUCACCAUCAAAUCUACGGCCAUUUCCUUGUAUUAUGAGCUUGGGGAGAAUGACUUGGCAUUCAUCAAGCAGACCAAAGAUGGAAACGGCUUCCUCAUCAACUUGAUUGACUCUCCUGGCCAUGUGGACUUUUCCUCUGAGGUGACGGCUGCCCUCAGAGUCACUGACGGAGCCUUGGUGGUGGUGGACUGUGUCUCUGGCGUGUGUGUGCAGACCGAGACCGUUCUGCGCCAGGCCAUUGCCGAGCGCAUAAAACCCGUCCUGAUGAUGAACAAGAUGGACCGGGCCCUCCUUGAGCUGCAGCUGGAGCCUGAUGAGCUUUUCCAGACAUUUCAACGCAUUGUUGAGAACGUCAACGUCAUUAUCUCCACCUACGGAGAAGAUGAGGGCGGACCCAUGGGGAACAUCAUGAUCGACCCCGUUAUCGGAACGGUUGGCUUUGGCUCCGGCCUCCACGGCUGGGCUUUCACCUUGAAGCAGUUUGCUGAGAUGUACGUGGCUAAGUUCGCCUCUAAAGGAGUUUCUCAGAUGGGAUCUGCAGAGAGGUGUAAGAAAGUCGAGGACAUGAUGAAGAAGCUGUGGGGAGAAAGAUAUUUCGAUCCAAGUGUGGGUAAAUUCAGUAAGACUGCCACUGGUCCUGAUGGUCAGAAGUUACCCCGAACCUUCUCCCAGCUUGUUUUGGAUCCCAUCUUUAAGGUAUUUGAUGCCAUCAUGAAUUUCAAAAAAGAAGAGACAGCCAAAUUGAUCGAAAAGCUGGAUGUCAAGCUGGACACUGAGGACAAGGACAAGGAGGGAAAGCCCCUGCUGAAGGCUGUGAUGCGUCGCUGGCUCCCUGCUGGGGAGGCCUUGCUCCAGAUGAUCACCAUUCACCUGCCCUCCCCCGUCACUGCUCAGAGGUAUCGCUGUGAGCUGCUGUAUGAAGGGCCGGGAGACGACGAAGCUGCCAUGGGUAUCAAGAGCUGUGACUCCAAGGCUCCUUUGAUGAUGUAUAUUUCCAAGAUGGUCCCAACCAGUGACAAGGGCCGAUUCUACGCCUUUGGCCGCGUGUUUUCUGGCUGCGUGUCCACAGGCCAGAAGGUGCGCAUCAUGGGGCCCAAUUUCACCCCUGGAAAGAAAGAGGACCUCUACAUAAAACCCAUCCAGAGGACUAUCCUGAUGAUGGGUCGGUAUGUGGAGCCUAUUGAAGAUGUCCCAUGUGGCAACAUCGUGGGUCUUGUCGGCGUGGACCAGUACCUGGUUAAGACAGGCACCAUUACAACGUUUGAACAAGCCCACAACAUGAGAGUGAUGAAGUUCAGUGUCAGCCCCGUGGUCAGAGUUGCCGUGGAGGCCAAAAAUCCUGCUGACUUGCCUAAGCUUGUGGAGGGCCUGAAACGUCUGGCCAAGUCAGACCCUAUGGUGCAGUGCAUCAUCGAGGAGUCAGGGGAGCACAUCAUCGCAGGAGCCGGAGAGCUGCACCUGGAGAUCUGCCUCAAGGACCUGGAGGAGGACCAUGCCUGCAUUCCACUGAAGAAAUCAGACCCAGUGGUGUCUUACAGAGAGACCGUGUCAGAAGAGUCAGACCAGAUGUGUCUUUCCAAGUCCCCCAACAAGCACAACCGUCUGUUCCUAAAGGCUCGUCCAUUCCCAGAUGGACUGGCUGAAGAUAUUGAAAAGGGGGAUGUCUCCUCUAGGCAGGAGCUCAAGGCCCGUGCCCGCUACCUCGCUGACAAAUAUGAGUGGGAAGUGACAGAAGCCAGGAAGAUCUGGUGCUUCGGUCCAGAUGGGAGCGGGCCCAACCUGCUGAUAGAUGUGACAAAAGGAGUUCAGUACCUCAAUGAAAUCAAGGACAGCGUAGUGGCCGGUUUCCAGUGGGCAACGAAAGAGGGCGCGUUAUGUGAGGAAAACAUGCGCGCGACACGUUUUGACAUCCACGACGUGACUCUGCACGCAGACGCCAUUCACCGUGGCGGCGGGCAGAUUAUCCCCACAGCUCGCAGGGUCCUUUACGCCUGUCAGCUCACGGCCCAGCCACGACUCAUGGAACCAGUGUACCUUGUGGAGAUUCAGUGCCCAGAGCAGGUGGUUGGUGGGAUCUACGGCGUCUUGAAUAGGAAACGUGGGCACGUGUUUGAAGAAUCCCAAGUGAUGGGAACUCCCAUGUUUGUGGUGAAAGCAUACCUGCCAGUCAACGAAUCCUUUGGGUUCACAGCUGACCUGCGCAGUAACACUGGAGGCCAGGCUUUCCCUCAGUGUGUAUUUGACCACUGGCAGAUUCUCCAGGGAGACCCCAGUGACCCUGCUAGCAAACCCUCCCAGGUUGUCGCUGAAAUCAGAAAGCGUAAAGGCCUGAAAGAAGGCAUACCCGCCCUCGACAACUACUUGGACAAAUUGUAAACAUCGAUCCCAGAUAACAAAAAUACCAAAUCAAAAUACCAAACCCCACCCCAUGGGCACUUUAAAACCUUUGCACAGGCUUCAAGAUAAACAUUGUUUUGACUUUUGAGUCCAAAACUGAAAUAAAGCUUUAGUUGUAGGGGAUAGGAAGCAGUAAUGCUUUUUUCAUUUCACAGCUAUCGUACACUAAGUGCCUAGGGUGAGGGUUUUUGGAAGCAAUUGGGUCAAAGGAGUUAUUCCUUGUUUCUUCUAGUCCUUCACAUCCUCCCCUUAUCCUUCCACUUAUUUGCCAGGGCACAUCUCUACUGGGCCUGUACAGUGCACUGUGAUACUGCUGCAAUAAGGCUUAUUUAAAUGAAUGACGGCCAGACGUAACCAUGCAAUUCAAAAUAAAGUGUUACAAACUUCAAACUGACUGGAUCAGCCCUUUGUUCGUUGGAUGUAAGGAAUUAAAAACAUGAUGAAAAUCCCCUACAUUUUUCUGUAUUUUUCUCUGGCCAUGGCUCCGUUGAGAGUAUUUGUGCACCGCUGACAAACAUGUGGAAAAAACUCAAAUGCUGCCAAUAUAAAGAGCGAUGGCAAAAUUGUUAUUCUUAAUUUCUCCAGGACAGAAAAACAUCGCCGGACUCUGAAUGGUUUAUCCAAACAUAAGCAUUAGUGCCCAAGCUCCCGAGUCAGACUGAUAUAUUCCAUGUGAGUUAGCAGCGGGCAUGUCAGGAAGUUACCUCAUGAAGAUAAACAUGAUUCCAGCAGAAAUGCACUUGAGGUAUGACGGCAAAAAGAAUAUCUUACAUAACUAUCAUACUUUUUUUCACGUAUAAACAUAAUUUACCCAAAAUGAUGCUUCACUCUAGUCUUCAAUCAUCUAUCAUCUAACACCAAGGCAGUUACAGCAGGAUGCUUAUGAUAUAACUCAGAGGCUCAGAUUGCCUCUGCUAAAGAUUGAUAUUUGCCCGUUUCCAUUAAGUUUUGGGAUGGAUAUGAACAUAUAUUUGUAUUUAAUAUAUCAAGUCAAAAACAAAUUAGGUAAAGCAUGCUUUAUGUCUGCUGAUAUAAGGAUAUGAUUUCUAUUAAAUCAUUUGGUUUCGCAUUGCUUAACUUUUGACAUGACAGUACUGUUUAACUUUC